AUGGCUGAUACCGUUGGAAAGGCUGCUGUAGCUUGGGAGGCUGGGAAGCCAUUGACAAUCGAGGAUAUCGAGGUUGCGCCCCCAAAAGCUCACGAGGUUCGAAUCCAAAUCUAUUACACCGGUGUUUGCCAUACAGACGCAUAUACACUAUCAGGAAAAGAUCCCGAAGGUGCCUUCCCGAUUGUGCUCGGUCAUGAGGGUGCUGGUAUCGUGGAAUCAGUUGGCGAGGGUGUCACCUCGGUAAAACCAGGCGACCACGUCGUUGCUCUUUACACGCCAGAAUGCAGAGAAUGUAAAUUCUGCAAGUCAGGGAAGACCAACCUCUGCGGUAAAAUCAGAGCCACUCAGGGGAAAGGUGUCAUGCCAGACGGCACUAGUCGGUUCAAAUGCCGGGGACGAGACCUGCUACAUUUCAUGGGCACAUCGACAUUCUCCCAGUACACCGUCGUUGCUGACAUUUCCGUCGUGGCCGUAACCGACAAAGCCCCUAUGGAUAGAACAUGCCUUUUGGGCUGUGGCAUUACCACCGGUUACGGCGCCGCGGUUGUGACCGCCAAGGUCGAAGAAGGCUCCACCGUUGCUGUUUUCGGCGCCGGAUGCGUAGGCCUCUCUGUGAUCCAAGGAGCUGUGAAAAACAAGGCCGGCAAGAUCAUCGUGGUGGAUGUCAACGACACCAAGGAGUCAUGGUCCCGCAAAUUUGGCGCUACGGAUUUCGUGAACCCUACCAAGCUGGGCAAUAAGAGUAUUCAGGAACACCUAAUCGAGAUGACAGAUGGUGGAUGCGAUUACACUUUCGACUGCACUGGCAACGUUGGCGUAAUGCGUGCCGCUCUUGAAGCUUGCCACAAGGGUUGGGGUCAAAGCAUCGUGAUUGGUGUUGCAGCCGCCGGCCAGGAGAUCUCCACCAGACCAUUCCAACUCGUCACUGGGCGUGUAUGGAAGGGAUGCGCAUUCGGUGGCAUCAAAGGCCGUUCACAACUCCCUGAUCUCGUCAAUGAUUACCUCAAUGGCGAUUUGAAGGUUGAUGAAUUUAUCACCCACCGGGAGCCAUUAGCCAACAUCAACGCCGCUUUUGAACAAAUGAAGGCUGGAGAUUGCAUUCGAUGUGUCGUCGAUACAAGAAAAUAA